AUGGCAGCUACUAUUCCCCUCUCCACUACAACAUGCUUGACCUCCUCAGAAGCAUUCAAAUAUCCGCUUCCCCAGAUUCGCCAAUUCCAUCGUGAUCUCACUACGGAGCUUGACGAGAAAAAUGCACGUCUGCGGACACUGGUCGGGGGUAGUUAUAGACAACUACUUGGGACCGCCGAGCAAAUCUUACAGAUGCGACAGGAUAUUAGCGGAGUAGAGGAAAAGUUAGGCAAAGUAGGAGAAGGAUGUGGGAGAAAUGUGUUGGUUGGAAUGGUUUGUGGAUUGGGAAAACUACAGGGCGAAACGAAGAAUGGGAAGAAGAGCGAGGAAAUGCGGGUUGUGGCUAGGAUGAAGGUAUUGGAAAUGUGUGGGAUUGUAGUUGGGAAGCUCUUGAGGAGACAAGGAAGAAUAGAUGGGGAUGGUGGGAGAGGGAAGGGGCUAGUCGUUGCUGCAAAAGUUUUAGUUCUAAGUCGAUUGUUGGCGAAGAGUUUGGAAAAUACGGAAGAUAAGCAAUUCGUCGAGGAAGCGAAGAAGAAGAGGUCGGUUUUGACGAAGCGAUUGUUACGUGCAGUUGAAAAGACAUUGGUUUCCCUCAAAGAUUCUAAAGAUAGAGAUGAUCUGGUACAGGCACUCUGCGCAUACAGUCUAGCUACCAGCUCCGGGGCGAAAGACGUUUUGCGACAUUUCUUAAAUGUUCGUGGUGAGGCAAUGGCUUUAGCGUUCGACGACGAAGAGGAGUCGAACAAACAGACCUCAGGUAUUCUACGAGCUCUGGAAAUAUAUACGAGAACUUUACUAGAUGUACAAGCUUUAGUGCCAAGGAGGCUGAGUGAAGCCUUAGCUGCACUGAAGACGAAACCUUUACUGAAAGAUGACAGCAUUCGAGAGUUGGAGGGAUUGAGGUUAGAUGUGUGUGAACGGAGGUUUGGUGACGAAAUUCUUUACUUCACACCUUAUGUUCGGCAUGAUGAUUUGGAAGGGUCGUUAGCAGUUGAAACACUAAAAGGUUGGGCGAAGAAAGCGUCAGAAGUGUUACUGGAAGGCUUUUCGAAGACUCUUCAAGGGGGCUUGGACUUCAAAGUGGUUGUCGAACUACGAACGAAGAUACUGGAGGUGUGGAUUAGAGAUGGAGGCAAAGCAAACGGAUUCGAUCCCUCUAUACUUCUAGAUGGCUUGCGAGACGUUAUAAACAAACGACUCGUAGAGUUAUUGGAAGCUGGAGUUGAUAAACUUCAUCUAGUGGGGACAGAGAUAGAGUCCACAUUGGCAACAUGGAAAGAAGGAAUCACUGAUCUACAACCAAGUCUCUGGGAUGAAGAUAUGAUGGCAACCGAGCUCAGCAAUGGUGGUAAUAUCUUCAAACAAGACAUACUUGCUCGCACGUUUGGACGCAACGAUGCUGUUUCAAGAGUUGUUAACAGUUUUCACACUUGGAGACAUCUUAUUGAGGAAAUUGGUACUUAUAUUGAUCAACUGAAAAAACAAAGAUGGGAUGAUGAUUUGGAAGAUAUGGAAGAUGAUGAAAGUCUCGAAUCACGGCAAAACCUUCUUAGCAAGGAAGAUCCCCAAAUGCUACAAGAUCAUCUCAAUUCGAGCUUAGAAAAAUCAUUCCAGGAAUUACACACCAAGAUCACAUCACUCGUGGACCAGCAUAAAGAUAACAAAUCUGUCGGGAAAAUAUCGGUAUACAUCCUCCGUAUUCUACGAGAUAUCAGAGCAGAGUUACCUAGUAUUCCCGCACUACAAAAGUUUGGAAUCUCUCUUGUCUCAUCGCUGCACGAAAAUCUCGCAGGUAUGGUCUCAGAAGAACCAGUCUUGAGUUUUGCAAAAUCUCUCAAGACAAAGAAGGUCGCAGGUAGAGCAUUAUGGGAAGGUACCCCAGAACUUCCUGUCCAGCCCUCCCCAGCUACAUUCAAAUUUCUGAGAGGUUUAUCGACUGCUAUGGCUGAUGCUGGGGCCGAUCUAUGGAGUCCUGUUGCUGUUAAAGUGUUGAAAGCGCAUCUAGACUCCCAGGUGGGAGACCAAUGGAGUAUGGCUCUGAAAGAAAAAGAAGGGGAGGCUAGUAAUGGAACGACUGAUUCUCCUACCAUAGCUCCCCAAGCAGACGCCGAGGAAAAAGAAGGAGAUUCUCCUGCUCCUACUCUUACUCCUACUUCUGUUGUAGAAGUAGAUGAAGAAAAGCAGAAGGAUUUACUAAAACAAUCACUAUUUGAUAUCUUUGUCUUGCAGCAAGCUUUCGCAUCACAAUCUGAUGAAAAGGAGAACAAGCUUAAGAACUUGGCACAUGAGGUGGAUGCAAAGCUAGACCUUGAGGGGAGAGAAAAGAAACGUGUGGUUAAUGGCGCGGCAGAGUAUUGGAAGAGGUGCAAUCUCUUAUAUGGACUUUUAGCGUAG